AUGGAAGAGUUCAAAAAAGAAAUAAAAAGAGUACUUAAAGACAAAGACACUGGAAAGAGAGAAAACAGGCAAGCAGAAGUGCUUAAAAUAACUAGAGAGAGAACAAAGUAUUUAUACAAGCUAUACCAGCAGAAUAAAAUCACAGACAAAGAGUUAGGCAAUUACAUAAGAAAGGAGGAGUGCGAUAUGCUUCUAAUACAGCACUGGAAGAAGGCAGAGAAGAGAGAAGUAGUAAAAUAUGUAUGUUGUAUGCUUUGUAUACGAAAAGGGAGGAGGUGUAUAUGCAGGAAGGUAUCUGGAACUGUUUGUACUAAUUGUUUGUGUUCUGGUGAGUGCAUGGUAGCAGUGCAUAAAGAUAUGGAUUGUUUUGAGUAA